UUCAUUUGUUCCCGUCGUUUUCUUCCUCCGCACUCAGAAUUCGAAAGAAAAAAGAGAUGGCAGGACACAGGGUUGCACAUGCCACAUUGAAAGGUCCAAGCGUUGUCAAGGAGCUAAUCAUCGGUUUGGCACUCGGUUUAGCUGCUGGUGGUCUUUGGAAGAUGCACCAUUGGAACGAACAGAGGAAAACCAGAGCUUUCUAUGACUUGCUUGAGAGAGGUGAGAUCAAUGUUAUUGCCGCCGAAGAGUAAUAAAAGCUGCACAGAGACUCAUUCUGCAAGACCGAUGGAUGAUUUUGAAUACUUGUUUUUUUCUGUUUCUUAAUAACUCUGGUGAUGAUUUUGAAUUUUGUGAGAAAAUAAACAAAUUUGUGAAUGGGGUUUGCAAGAUCAUAAACAUGCUCAAAUGUAAUGGUUGAUUCAGACAUAAUCACUCUUGUUUUGUUUUGUAUUCUUGUCUAAGAAACUGUAAAAGGUGAA